AGUUCUCGCGCGCACACGGGGUUCGGGAUCGGUGAGGAAACCGAGGGUGCAGAGCGAGUGUUAAACGACGUCUCUCGUCCACCGUUUAAUUUGAGGUGUCCGACAAUUGGACCGGAAACUGUGCUCACGCGCGCCAGGCGGGAAGCGCUCCUGAGGGACUCGCUGAGGGAAUCGCUUUGAGGCGGGAAAAAACAGAAUUGCUGCCAUUUAAAUCUUCAUCUAUAAAUUGGAUUUUACCGGCAACUCUUACGGGGAAACGUUAAGACCCUGAAUAUAGUUGAAGGUUUAUCUAAAUGACAAAAUGAUAGGCAAUACCAUUUAUUAAGAUUUUACGCUCUUUUGGCAUCUGGGUGAAACGGGAGACCAUUAUUCGAUAUCACACAUCGGAUUUCUUUCCCACCGACACCGCUAAAUAAAUAAAUAAAUAGGUCUGACUGACUGGAUAUAUAUAUUAGGGGGUGUUUCGGAUUACCCGGUAACCUUCGGGACGUCAACGCAAAAGAAGAGGAAGAAUUUGAGGAGGGGGAGGAGUGAACCCACGCCCGCGCGUUCUUCCAGUUUAUCGAUCAAUGGGAAAUUCCGGAGCGCAUGAGGAGCUCGAGACCAACUCGCGCUGUCACCCAGAGUGACUUUUAAAUGAGCGCGCGACUUGAAGACAAACGAGGGGACAUUCACGACAAAGUUUAGCAUAUUAUUCAUCAGCCAGGAGUAGAAGGAGGUGUAUUUUACGUGGCACAUUUAUGAGGAAACAAACCCGGCUACCGAGAUUCCAAAAGCUGAUUGAGAAAAUAACGUUAGACAUGUAGGCUCGUGCGUGAGGACGACGACGACGAUGGAAAAAGCCCCGUGAGAGAGAUACCGAGCGCUUUGGUGCUGGAGGGUGAAGUUUAUUCGACAUGCCCGAGAAUGCCUCCCUCAUCAGGAACCGGACGGAUAUCGGGCAGGGUCGCGCGUGGGGUAACGGGGCGGGCGCGCGGCCAACAUGGGUUGUUACGGUGCUGGCCAGCGUGCUGAUCUUCACGAGUGUGGUGGAUGUGCUCGGGAACGUGCUGGUCAUCAUCUCGGUGCUCAGAAACAGGAAACUGAGAAACGCCGGUAAUGCAUUCGUAGUGAGCUUGGCUUUCGCCGACCUCCUUGUGGUUUGCUAUCCGUACCCUCUGGUUUUGCAUGCCAUGCUGCAUGCGGGCUGGUUGCCGGAUGAGAUGGAAUGCAAGGUGAGCGGUUUCCUGAUGGGUGCGAGUGUCAUCGGUUCCAUCUUCAACAUCACCGCCAUCGCCAUCAACCGCUACUGCUUCAUCUGUCAGACGAACACGUACGAGAGAUUCUAUGGACGCGUGGGAACCCUGGCGCUGCUGAUGCUGGUGUGGGUCUGCACCGCCCUAGCCAUCCUCCCGAACCUGGCGCUGGGCUCAUUGACGUAUGACCCCCGGGUUUAUUCGUGCACGUUUAGUCAGACGACGAGCGCAAGUUACACCAUCGCCGUGGUGACCGUGCAUUUCCUGCUUCCCAUCGGUGUGGUUAUCUUCUGCUACCUGAGGAUUUGGGUGCUGGUGCUGCGCGUGAGGAGGCGGGUCACCAGCGACGCCAGGCCACGGCUGCGUCCAAACGAGCUGCGCCACUUCCUUACCAUGUUCGUCGUCUUUGUGCUGUUCGCCGUCUGCUGGGCGCCCUUGAAUCUGAUUGGCCUGGCUGUAGCGGUGGACCCGCCCCGUGUUGCGCCCAUGAUCCCCGAUUGGCUGUUUGUGGUGAGUUAUUUUAUGGCGUACUUCAACUCCUGCCUGAACGCCGUAGUGUACGGACUGCUCAAUCAGAACUUCCGUAGGGAAUACCGCAGAAUACUCCUGUCGCUCUGUAAGCCACGCCUCUUCCUGCAGGAGACGUCGAGGGGCGGGACCGAGCGCAGCAACAGACAGUCGCCUGGUAACAACAACAAUGACCAGCCUAAGGCGAACACAAUAUAACUCAUCCACGAUGCGUUUUACGUUUAAAAACACAGAUUUUGAAGCGAGAAUGCUGCAAACGUUUUCAAAUUUAGUCCACGAUGUUUUGAAAAUGUUUUUUUACUGCUCGCUGUAGAUAUCACUCUUUGCAAAAAAAAUACCUCAUUUGUUGGAAAUCCAUACAAUUAUAAUCCUCCGUGUUAGAAGAAUUUAAUUACGUCUCACGAGUAUUACAGUCACAUGAGUGAAUGCAUGCUAAUGAUUCAGAAAAGUGCAAUAAGUCAUUACCAGGAGGAAAGAUAUAAAAAUAAACCCAAACUGUGCAGAACAUCAGAGGUAUCGCACUUUCUCACCUAGGGUUCCAUCCAUCCAUAAACGCUCAGCUAAGGGUUCUCCAGAGAAAUCGCAGUUUCACAAGUGCUCACCUAACUGUAUAACAACAUAAAAAAAAACACUCACCAAAUGCUCACAGAUUUGUGACCGUUCAGCACCAUAAACUCAUUCCGUCCCAGCACUCCAAUAUCUUUGAACUCUUUUGGCAUUGUAUGUACACUAGAGACUCCCCUUGUGCUAUGCAACCGAUUCAAUAUAAACUAUAAAACUAGGGCUCCCUUGGGUUUGCAGCAAAGGUUAUCCAGACGUUCCCCCUAAAACACUGCAACAAUGUUCCUGUGAAACUCGCCUAUUGCUAUGCAAAUGCAAAACGAAGGCUGCACUUCAACACUGUCUUUGUAUAAACUUCCCGCUACAUUUCUCUAAGAGGUCUAUAGGUGCAUCCCUGUGGGAAUACAGUAUGCCAAAAUGCUCAAGAAUACACUCUGAAUGUGCACCAGCAGAACACAUCUGCACAUGUGUGUGUUGCAGCAUAAAAUUGACUUGCAGUAACUUAUUAUAUAAGCAUUAUUAGACCUAAAUGACUGAAGUGAUGGAUGCAUGGGUUUAUCAUUUAAUCCAUUAGCGGGGUUAAAAUGGUUAUCACAGAUUAUCACAUUGGCGUUUAUAUUUAAUGUAAGAGAUAGACUACUUAAGUUUCUUAAAUUAAUCCUAUUCAAUCCUAUUCGUUUUACAUGAAGCAUCAUAAACAAGUGUAAAGUAGCUUUGAACGAUUCAUUCUGACACAUGAUCAUUCAUAGAUGGUUCAAGAAAAUUUGAACUACGUCACGAAACCAUCAGCUAAACUUAAGUUACACAAACUUAAAGAAUUUUAAGAAGUAAGCGCUUCAAUUGACAAUUACUUAAAUGAUGUAUUUCACAUUGAUAUAGCAUUUCAUAUGAAUGUAUAUACUAUACAUACAGAACACUAUACAUUUUUAAAUAAUGUUGAUGCCUUACUGAGUAAUAAAUUAUUCAUGACAUUCACACAAAGAUAUGAAAAAAUGAUUUUUUUGAGCUUCAUUAUAUGUCUGUACAGGUAAAAUCGUUUCUUUAUCAAAAUGAUUCUCCACCUCAAAAAAACAACAACUUUAUUUUAUUGUAAUUUGUUACGUCUUUAGUUUUACUCAUUAAAGAUGUAUUUAUCUUUAAUCAGUAGACGUGUAACUGUGUGUGUGUGUGUGUGUGUGUGUGUGUUUGAACUCUAAACUGUGAGCUUUAUAAGCCUCAAAUAUUUCAAAUCAUAGAAUCUGCCAAAAAACGCAAGGUUUACUUUCAUAUAAACCGAUCUUCCACUUCCUUUUCGAAUUUAAGCCUCAAGUUUUAGGUACUUCAAAUGAUGAACAACAGUAGCGUAGAGACAUUUUGGCAAUAUGUUGUAGAAGUCGAUGUAAACUGGUUUGUGGCCCAUUUACAAGAGGAGCUUCAGUACUGAUUGUAGUAAUAAUGCUUCAUCGAUGGGACUCAUCAAGGACGUUUAUUGAGUAUAUUACAAUCCUUUAGCCUUAUUUUCCAAUGCGUUGGACCAUAAAGAAUUUUGCUAUCUAUAAAAUGUAAUUGUUGGCUAGAAAACAUUGUUUAUUUUUUAUAACAGCUAGCAUGGCUUGCAUUGAUAAGCUUAUAUUACAAAAUAAGUGGUCACAUUUUGCUUAGUAAAUUUGCCCCAAACACAUAAUGGAGUGUUCUGGGUGUUGUGAGAAUUAGAAACGGUUUUAUCUGUGACUCUCUUGUGAGGUGUGUUGUAUCUUCUAAACACAAACGCACAAUGAAGAUAACGGCGGCACACGUGUUCUGUUUACAGCUGUGUUAUCUUAGUAAUUGAGGACAGUGAAUGACUCCAUAUGUCUCUAUUCAUUUAAUACACGUCAUCGGUCACUUUAAUCAUUGCGUUCACAUAUUUCAUACGUGUUCUCUUUGAGUAUUUUCUAGCGGUAUCUUUUAUGGGUAACCUGAUUUUAGUAAUCACAAUGAGAGUAGAUAAUCUUAGUAAAGAGACUUCUCAUCCGUCUUACUGUGGCGAGAUCACGCGCUCGCUUCUUUGAUGACUAAUGAUGAAUAUUCUUUGUGUUUAUGACAAACGCUUGUUUAAUCAUCUCUUUGUCUUCUUGUUGAACUUUAACAUUUAUGAAGAGAUUUUAUCCGGCAACCGUACAGCGGGUAUUCCCUUUGGUGGUAUGAGCAUAAUGUGUUGUGCUGAGAGAGAGAUUUUAUAUUAAUGUAUGUAUUUGUUAUUUUUAGCGAUUAUUUUUAAUCGAAUCUAUUUGUUGUAGUUUUCCCAGCAUCAUUUUUGGAUAUGCAGUAAACACUUUAUUUGUACGAUAUUUGGAUGAUCGUUUUAUUAUAAUACAAAGACUGAGGAUGUUGAUUCCACAACAAAUACAGAAAUCGAGUUUACGUGAAAAGCUUUAUGCAAAAUAAUUGUCUUUGAGUUGUUGUUUUUACAGAUUUGAUUCCAGUAUGUAUCCCCACAAAGAAUGCAAAAUACACUGUGCAAGUUGAGAAAGUCAAAGUAUUUGACUAAAAGCCAAUCUUAGUAAUUCAACCAAACAGGUGUGUCUUAGUGUAUCUUAGUACUUGGGUAACUUCUCUCAUGUUAGUGAUGCUGCUGUGAUGUUCAACAUGAACAGAUGUACUUACGUUUGUAAAACUAACUUAGUAAUGAAUCACAUCAAUGCGGGUCAAACUGUUACAGCUCCAAACACUUGUGAUAUUUCAUACCGCCAACUGAAUGUGCAUGAAUGGUGAUUGUUUUUAUUUGAUUUUUUUCAUAUUGAGCAAAAGGAACAAGAUACUGAUUGUGUUCAGACUCAAGAGGACGGGACCUAAAAUGGCCCUGAAAAUAAUGUACAGUAUUAUGGUGACAUGGUCUGAAUUUAUUUCAUCCAACUUUAAGACCGAUGGUGUAAGAUUUUUCAUGUCAAUAAACCUUAUUUUUAUGAGGUUCGUUUUGUGCUUUCUUCCAUCCCUGCUGAAAGAAUCACACGCGGUCAAAGUGUAAAACCAGCAUCAGGACCAGUGGAGCGAAAACAACCUGCUGGAAGAGACCCAACCCCCUCCCAGCUUUCAUUUUCAUCUCCCUCCGCAUCUAUCCUCCAGUGGACUGCUUUUCUUCUGAAUUCAUAAAUAAAAGGCGUUUACAUUUUUUUUGCUUCUGUCCUCCAAACUCCUUCUCAUGGUCUUUUCUCAUCAUCACUGAGUGUCAAAUCAUUUUCACAACCACUCGCUCACCUUGUCACAUCUACACAAUUCUCCCAGAAUCUAAACUCUCAGCUUUAUUGGCGUAACAAUUUACUGGGUUAGGACAGGGAUGUUCAAACUAUGAUGGCAAGGACUCCCAAAAUACAUUUGUUUUUUUUUUAAUAUAUAAUGUUGUAAGAUAACGUUUAAAUGUGUUAGAUUAAAGUGUAAAAGACAACGUAUUGU